UUAGGAAAAUGUUAUUUCCAAUAUUCGACCCUUGCGGUACGGACCUGAUUCCAAUGGGACAGGACUUGACUUCUUAUUAUUGACGUCAGUCGAUUGCUCUCUGUCACAUAAGAAGGAAUUGAGUAUAACGUGAGUACAAUGCCACGCGCGCCAUAGUGUUCGAAUUUGUUUGCGAUGAUAUUAUGAUCGACCAAAUAAAAGGCACGAAUACAGCAGCUAUGCGUUUCUUUCCCUCGAGGUAUUCCAAAAAAGUUCGCUUCAAAAGGUGAGCGGCGCCGGUAAAUAGGUGCCAGUGAGGAACGGCAGCCACCAAAAUACUUAAAAAAACUGUACGAGUUUUCACCUGGGAUGCAAUUGGUCAUGGAAAUCUGUUCGAUUUAUAAUGGCAAUUGCAGUUCCUUUACAUGGCAUGUUUGCCAAAGAUAGUAAGGCCUGGCGCCCAGUAUCGGCACGGCACGGCAAAGUAUCCUUCGUUCAUAUUACUGAGGCGUCAUCAGGUAUGUCGAGAUUGUCGAGGUGUACUUGGGAAUGCCGAGGCGUCUCUCAAGCGUGUUUUAGACAUGGCAGACUUGCUAAUAACACCUCGGCAUCUCCAAGCACACCUCGAGAUGCCCAAGUAUGCCUCGACAUGCCUGAGGACGUCUCAGCAUGCCUAAGUAUGCCUCGGCAUGCCUGAGGCGUGCCGAUAGUCAAGUGCCAGGAGCCAAUACGUGGACUGCGCAGGUAACAGGUCAAAACCUUUUUAUACUAGGUCCGGGGUCAGUCAAGAAAGUAAUCUGAGUCCGAUACACUUCGUACUAAUGAUCUACCUAGUGUGGUAAAAAACGCGGAAUGUUUGCUCUUUACCGAUGACCUGAAACUUGUGCGUCAAACCGAGGCUGUAUCGGACUGUGCCAAGUUGCAGGAUGAUAUUGAUCGAGUGGUUAAAUGGAGUCAUCACAAUAAACUGCACUUUAAUGUGGCUUAAUGCUCGUCAAUGUCCUUCAGGAAGUCCUAUAGCCCGAUACAUCGUCAAUACGUGGUAGAAGGGGCGCCGAUGGAUCGUUUGAUGAUCUUUAAUUUAGGCACCACAUUUCCUUUUUUUAUAUACUAUGUCGGUGGCAAACAGGCAUACGGCCCGCCUGAUGGUAAGCAGUCUCCGUAGCCUAUGUACGCCUGCAACCCCAGAGGAAUUACAUGCGCGUUGCUGACCCUAACAACCCUCCCUCCCCUCGUUGACCUUUGGCAACCUUACUCACCGGCAGGAACACAACAGUAUGAGUAUGCCAUCAUUUGCAAGAAGGCAUAUAGGAACUUGGGAUUCGUUCUGCGGCAGUGUCAUGGGUUUUCCAACGUAAAAAAUAUGCGCGCACUGUAUGAAGCCCUUGUCAGAAGCCACUUGGAGAGCAGUUCGUGCAUCUGGAGCCCAAAUGAGGCGAAAUAGAAGUUUAUUUUGGAGCGAAUCCAAAAUAAAUUCAUCAGGUUCUACCCCUUCUAUCCUCGAAUGUAUCCAACCCUGUUUAUGCUUGGAAUGGUGGGAUAUAACCAGCUAGAGGUAAGAAGGGAUUGGCACUAGCCUCUUAUAUAUUUAGGUUCUUCUUCUUCUUCUUCCUCGCGUUGUCCCGGCAUUUUGCCACGGCUCUUGGGAGCCUGGGAUCCGCUUGAUAACUAAUCCCAAGAUUUGGCGUAGGCACUAGUUUUUACGAAAUCGACUGCCAUUUUCCAAUCCAGUGGGUAAACUAGGCAUUGUUAGGAUUAGCCCGGUUUCCUCACGAUGUUUUCCUUCACCAAAAAGCGACUGGUAAAUAUCAAAUUAUAUUUCAUACAUAAGUUCCGAAAAACUCAUUGGUACGAGCCGGGGUUUGAACCCGCGACCUCCGGAUUGCAAGUCGCACGCUCUUACCGCUAGGCCACCAGCGCUUCUCUAAUAUAUUUAGGUUAGUGCGUGGAAAGAUCUGUAACCCAGAGUUACCAGCUACGAUAGGUGUUUAUGCGCCCCCACGAUACGUGUGGCGGAGGCGCAGGCCGCCCCUGCUGACCGAGCCGCGCGCGCGCACCGGGUUGAUGCGCACGGCCCCUUGGACGAGAGCCCUUCGCACAGACUCCGAGCCAAUAUUGGUUGACGGACAGGAAGUACAGAAAUGCGGCCAAUACAAAUAUCUUGGGAGCAUUGUGCACGAUUCCGGAUUACUGGAGAUGAACAUUCAACACAGGAUUGCGGCCGCCUGGUUAAAGUGGACAGAGGUGACUGGUGUGACCUGCGACAGUAAAAUGCCGAUAAAAAUGAAAGGCCUCGUGUACACGACCAUCAUAAGACCGGUCCUUACUUAUGGCAGCGAAAUAUGGCCAAUGACCCAGCGACAUGUCCAAGCCAUCCAUGUGGCAGAAAUGAAGAUGCUGAGGUGGAUGUCAGGCGUCUCCAGGAUUAAUAGGGUUCGAAACGAACACAUCCGUGGUAGCCUCGGGGUAAGAGACGUCUCCGAUAAGCUCCAAGAAAGUCGGCUGAGGUGGUUUGGGCAUGUCAAAAGAAGGCCGCCAGAAUACGUAGGCAACAAAGCCCUUAGUUUUGCCUUACCAGGCCCAAACAGGAGGGGCAAACCAAGGCAGCGCUGGCGCAAUGUCAUCGCUAAAGAUUUAAACGCCUGUGGGUUAUCGGAAAACGACGUCCAGGAUAGAGUGAAGUGGAAGGAGAAAAGUAGGAAAGCGGACCCUGUCACAGUACGGGACAAACGCUAGGAGGAUGAUGAUGAUGACCUGCCUACACUAUCGCAUUGGGAAACUAUAAAAAUAGCUGUAAGAUUUAUUAAAUAAAUAAAAAAUAAACAAAAAAAAGUGGGUGCCGGGCCUAACGCCAUAUGUUAAUAUCUUAUGGCACACCGAUGACAAAAAUAGAGACACCACAAACUGCAUAAAUUUUCACGUGCUAAUAUUUAACUUGCAAAAUUUGUAUGUAGUUACUUAUUUAAACUUUAUUGCACAAAAGAAAAACUUAAUGUACAAAAGGCGAACUUAAUGCCAGUCAACCUUAGGGCAAAGCAGAAAAGAUUGUAGGCGGUGAAUUUAAAACUAAAAGAAAUUGUUAUUGAAAGAAUUAGGGUCCUAAUUCACAUAAAUUAAUUAUAAACCACUUAAAUACAUAUAGUACUCGUGUCGGAGGCAAAGACUCAUUUUGGGUCGCUGCGCCAUUAAGUAGUAGUAGUAAUAGUAAAUACAUAAAGAUACAUACGAAAUAAAUUAAAACCAAUAUUCAAUUGAGUUGAAUCUUUACUUACCUACAUAAUAUGUAUGUGAAGAUUCAACUCAUAUGUAAUUCGGAUGACAAUGCAAUAUUAUGUUAUCAUCGAGUUAAUCUGAUGAUGGACAUAUAAUUAAGUUGGUCAUAGUAAGUAGCUCAAUGUUAAAACAACGCAUCCUGUGUUUGAGUUCGUUAGAAUUAUCUUUUUUUUUUUUCUAAAUAAAGUCUAGUACAUUUUUUACAUUUGUUUCGCCAACAAUAGUGUUUAUUGGCGAAUAAUGUACUCAAGCUAUCAAAGUAUAAGUUUAAGUUGCCUGCUCGAUGAGUAUAAGUUGCCUGUUGAAAGAAAAGCCAGCGAUAUAAGCCUGUAUCAAACAUUUAUUUAUUGUAAUUUUUUUUUUUGUAUAUUGAAGUACCUAAUAGUCGACUAUUAUACCUUAAGGCAGAAUACAAGGAUAU